AAAACUGCUCUCUGUAUGCCCUUUCCAGAAUUCUCUUUACCCUGCAACAGAGCGUGUCAGCGCUGUCAGUGCAGUGAUUGGUCACACCCAGCCAAUUUCCAUGACAGAGCCCCCAGCCUGCCUCAGCUCCUCCUCGCUGCUCCUGGGCUCCCAGUUGUCAACUGUAGAUCCCUGCGAGGAGAAUGUUCCAGAACAAAGCUGGCAUCCUUAUGGCCCUCACCCUGGCUUUCCUGCUCAAUCUCCAAGGAGCUGAGGCCAUCACAGACGCACGAACCAUCAGGGGAGUGUAUGUUCGAAUUCGAUGAGGAUGAAGUGUUCCAUGUGGAUCUGGACAAGAAACAGGCGAUCUGGUACCUGCCGGAGUUUGGUCGCAUGUUUUCUGUGGAGGCUCAGGGCGGCCUGGCCAAUAUUGCUGCAGCCAAGUCAAACUUGAAUGCCUGUAUCCAGCACUCCAACCACACCCAGGCCCCCAACGAGCCCCCGGAGGUGAUCGUGUUUCCCAAGGAGCCAGUGGAGCUGGGCCAGCCCAACACACUCAUCUGCCACAUCGACAAGUUCUUCCCGCCGGUGCUCAAUGUCACGUGGCUGCGUAACGGGCAGCCGGUCACCGAGGGGGUCUCUGAGACCGUCUUUCUGGCCAGCACCGAAUUCAGAUUCCGCAAGUUCCACUACCUGGCCUUCGUGCCCUCCGCCGCCGACGUCUACGACUGCAGGGUGGAGCACUGGGGCCUGGACGCGCCGCUCCUCACGCACUGGGAGGCCCAGGAGCCGAUCCAGAUGCCCGAGACAACAGAGACUGUGGUCUGUGCCCUGGGCCUGGUGGUGGGCCUGGCGGGCGUCGUGGUUGGCAUCGUCCUCAUCACAAAGGCUCUGCGUUCCAGUCCUGAUCCCCGGGCCCGCGGGCCCCUGUGAGUUACUGUGGAGAGAUAUGUAACAACUUGGUCGGGCAAGCAGCGAGGAAGCAGUGCAGCCGGCACUCAGGCACAGGAAGUCUGCAUCCGACACUGUUUGCGUCCCCACUGUCCUGCAACUGUGUUUUAAGGAGAAAAAGAUUGGAAUACUACUCAGCCAGAAAAGGAAUAGAACUCUGCUUUCAACACAAUGGAUGCUUCUGGAGACCAUUAAAAUAAGCCAGACCCCAAAACACAAAUAUCAUGUUUUCUCUGAUUGGUUGUAGCUAAAAUAUAGAGUACAAAAAAAAAAAAAGAAAAAAAGAAAAAAACCAAAAACCAAACCCUCAAUGCAUAUUGAGCUAAACUGACAUCUUUUGCUUUGAUUCUUCUCUAUAACCCUUGUCUCUACCCCUACAGAACAGUGGUCUCUCUACCUUUUACUUGUAGAGCUCUUUGUUUAGACAAGCAUUGAGCCCAUGAUUAUGAAGUAAAUUGAAAGUGUGUUAGCACAAAACAGUUCAAAGAGGGGCUGGUAUUUUAUCCUUGGAAUUGUAUCUAUGAAAUUUAUGAAAUCUGUUCCCUAUGUACUAAUACAUUUAAAUAUAUAUAUACCAAAGAUCAAGUCCAAAGUCUCCAGGAGCCCAGAGUUGAGUAGUGCAGCUGGCUCAUACUCUCCAUGUAAUCGCAGCACCGUGUGUUGGUGCCUAACACUCUGCUGUCUCUAGUUGUACUCCCCAGUGGCAGAGCUCACACAAAAAUGUCCUUUCUGGGGCUGCAUGGGCUUCUAGCUGUCAAACCUAGCAUGCUUUAAGUAUUUAUCUGUUUUUGUAGUUCUCCUUCCAUGGUGAUGACCACUUCUAGUUCAUUCUUUGUAUUCUCCAUGUUGUACCUCCGGUGCACAGAGUUGAGUCAAUCACACGACUCAGUCUCUGUGUCGCUGGCAUCUCCAAGCUCCCUCCCUCCCCAGUCCUUACUCCCAUACCUAACCUCUUUCCCCACUACCUAGCUGACCAUCCUAAUGGAUUUGAUAUUUGUGUAUAUCCUGUAUGUUAAUAUAAUAUUUUUCAGUAUGCAUAUUUUUAAUUAUCCAAAAUAACAUCAAAGAUUCAAUUUUGUGCAAUUAGUCUGUUGUUUUCAAAUUUUUGCUAAUAGUCUAUGCUAUAUACCUAACUAUCUAUAUUUUAUGAGAUACCUGAAUUAAAUGCUUUCCAUUUUUGUAUCUUACAUUAGACUUUUUUUUAUAAAAAAUUUAUUUAUUUGAGAGGUAGAGUUUAUAGCCUAAGGGAGAGAAAGACAGAGAGAGGUCUUCCAUCCACUGGUUCACUCCCCAGAUGGCUGGAAUGGCCAGGGCAGGGCUGAUCCAAAGCCAGGAGCCAGGAGCUUCUUCUUCUGGGUCUGUCAUGUGGGUUCAGAGGCCCAAGCACUUGGACCAUCUUCUGUUGUUU